UCUGGUCCUUUGCUCCUUCUCAGUUGCCCCGGUGUCCACCUACUCCGCCGGUGUCCACCGGUCAUGGCGGACAAGAUGUCGAAGUUUAAGACAGUGAAGAAGGACUUCCGGCUUCCGACGAGACUUCCCAAAAGCGAAAGGCCGGAGCCCGAGGUGGACCUGGAGGUGAUGCAUCAUGCAGAGGAUAUGGACAGUGACUCGGAUGUGGACCCGGCUUACAUCUCACCCAAAAUCCGUCAGCAGCUGGGUGUGCCCUUGGAGGUGAAGCUCCCUCCAGCACUGCAAGCAGCAGCUGAGGAGACCGGCUAUACCAAGGGUGUCCGGAAGAUCCAGAAGGCAGUUGUGAAGAUGCAGGCCUCCAAGAGGGACGACCAUUUGAAAGAGAAGCCACCACCAAUGGGAUCGGUGCAUUUCGAUGAGCAGCUGCUGCGGAAGCUCUUCCAGAAGAUGGACCGCUUCUUGCACCGCCAUGCCAUCAGCAGCAAGGUGCUGCGACAUUUAUUUCUCCAAAUGGGUCGUGAGAUCGCGGCAGAAGAGUUGGAGGCCAUGAUCACCAUGGUGGACAUGAAAGAGAUGGGCACCGCCACCUACGAAGAUUUUGCCGCCAUUUUCGGCAAUCCUGCCGAGUCCCUACGCCAGGUGAACGUGGAAGCGGUCCAAGCGGCGGCGCGGGGAGAAGUCAGGCACAAGAAGGAUCACCUCUUGCCUGAGUUGGAGGAGGAUAGCGAGGAAGAAGACCAGAAUAGUGAUGGUGAAGAUCAAGAGGAGGAAGAUGACGCCGUUGAAAAUGGUUGAUUCCUCACAUUCAGGCCUUGUCCAGAGAUUUUCCAGUAGGCCCUGGGCCGUUUUGGCCAAAAGUUGACAAUCUUGUCGUCUCGUCGGUGUUUUUCCCGAAUGCGUAGCGAAGGGUUCCCGUUUAUAGUUGGGGGUCUGGGGGUUGGAGCUGUGUUCGCGUGGCUUGCGUCGUGUCGUCGUCUCUCGUCGUCUGUCGUCGUCUCUGGUCGUUUGUCGUCGUCGUCGCGUCUCAAAUUUGCUGCCAUUGGGGGAAGCUUUUGCAAGGGACUUUGCAUGGACGUGUCACGUGUCAGUUUGCGUCGCUAUUCCAUUGUGAUUUGCAUGA